AUGGCAGGAACGUGGGCACCGCACCGGCUACAGAAGACCCGGAACGAUCUCCGGAUAUGUGACUUUGUACAUAAGAAAACACGAUCCGGAACUCGGCAUGCCGCCGAGUUCAAUGCCCCUACAUACGUUUUCGAACCAAGCUUGGUGGUUGGUCAACUCCUGCACGCACCACGCCACAAAUUACCAAAUUAUCUCGGUCUUGGUGGUCUUGCCGUUGGGUACGGCGCGGGCCUGGCGAUGACCCACAAGGCCGGGAUGCCUAGUGUAUCAUACCUAUGGGAUCACCUUUCGGACACGUAUUUUCGUGAAACGGGCAUCAGGAUGGCCAUAGCUUGCUCUCCAAUCUACAUCGAAUUUUCAGAUGUCAUGCCGCCCAUGACCUUCCCAAUCAGUAUUGUUAUUUUAUGGGUUCACCUUUCCAUUGCGAUCCUUUGCUAA